CUUCUCUCUUCUGCUUCCUUGCACGUGCUGCACACGGUGCCCGUUUCUCAGCGACUGUUGCGCCGCGACGGGACCAACCAUUUCAACGUCGGCAUCAACACCCGUCGACACCACGGCGCAUCCACAUCACGGACGUGACCUCACGAUUCGUUCCACCUAAACCACUUGCACUCUACCUCAUGUUUCGACGAUACGCGCUCGGCUUUUCGAGCGUCGGACGACAGCUCUCCACCAUGAGCUCCAACACUCCAGUCGAGGACACCAUCAGGGCCAAGAUCACCGCCGCCUUCAACCCGCAGACUCUUGAGAUCUACAAUGAUUCCCACCUGCACUCUCACCACAAGGCCAUGGCCGGCAGCACCUCCAAGGAGACCCACUUCCGUCUCGUCAUCACCUCCGAUGCAUUCGACUCUAAGAUGCAGCCCGCCCGCCACCGUAUGGUCUACGCCCUGCUCCGUGACGAGAUGGCUCUCGAGGGCGGAAUCCACGCCCUCCAGCUCCGCACCAUGACUCCCUCCGAGGAGGAGCGCCAUCAGAAGAAGAAGGAUGAAGAGGCCAAAGCCAAAGCCGAAGCCAAGGCUCUCAGGGCCGAGGCCCGAGCUGCCCAGGAAGCCGAGCCCGAGACUUGAACAUGGCACCCAAACCAAACACCCCCGACAACUCUCUGAUCGGGGGCCUCAUGAUGAUUAACGGAACCAGUAACGGAUUUUACCAAACCCACCACGAAAAAAUUGUAACGGAAACGGAAAGAAUGAAACGCAAGAAACAACAGGUCGCUCCAAGAUGCAACGACAAGGUCGCGCCGCAGUGCCACAGAAGGGAAAUGACGUCGAGGACGAGUCGGAUUCGCAAAACACAGUACUUCGUAGAAUGGCACGCGCUCCUCAGGGAGAUGGACGCAUGAGAUGGAAUGUUCGAGUAUCCUAGGCAACAAGGCUCUCAAACCGAAGUUAGGCAGGCAGUCAGUCAGUCUAGCUAUUAUAGACAAGUUGCCCACGCACAAUAGACCGGUCUUUCCAAUGCUUUUUACU